AUCAACUAUCUAGACCUCUUUGAAUCACUAUAAAAUAUUACCUAAUAGUAUUUGAUACUACUAUUAUAGUACUAUACAACAAUGAACAAAAUCAUGAUCAAAACCAAUAACCAAUUAUGACAGUGAUGGUUUUUUUAAUUUACUCCAGAAUUCCUCCAAAAUAAUAUAAUAAAAGGCUGACAUUAAAUAGUUAAUAGUCACAGUUAUUUCGACAAAUUCAAAUGUUACGAUUCAAUUAAAAUGAGUAAUUUUAAUUCUAAAUAUAAAUUUGUGGACAUGUUCAAUAAAAAAAGAACAUUAUUUUAUUUUGGUAUUUUUACAUUACUAAUUUUUUGGUUCAUUGGAAUUCGAAGUAGAGAUGCAUCACAAUAUCAAAUUUUAAAACAGGCAUUGGAACACACUAAAGAAGAAUUAAGAAUCAGUUCUAUAAAUUACAAUAUUUUAAAAAAAAGAUUUGAAAGUAUAUGUGAUAAAUGGCAACCAAACAUUCCAAUUAUAUAUGCCAUCACACCUACCUACAAAAGACCUGUACAAAAAGCAGAACUAACAAGAUUAUCUAACACUUUUCGUCUUGUAAAUAAUUUCCACUGGAUUAUUGUUGAGGAUUCUGAAAUGAAAACGUCACUCGUAGCCAAUUUGCUGAUUAAAAGUAAUUUAAAUUACACACACUUAGCCAUAGGAACACCAGCUGAAUGGAAAAGAAAAUUAAAAGAACCUAAAUGGAAGAAACCUAGAGGAGUUAAACAAAGAAAUAAAGCUUUAGAAUGGUUAAGAAAUAACAGAGCUAAUGAAAAUGAUGAAGGGAUAAUUUUUUUUGCUGAUGAUGAUAACACAUAUAGUGUUGAUUUAUUUAAUGAAAUGAGAACAGUAAAAGGUGUUGGUGUAUGGCCAGUUGGUCUUGUUGGUGGUCUUUUAGUAGAAAAACCAUUAAUAAAUAUUAAAGGUAAAGUAAUUGGUUGGAAUAGUGCUUGGAGACCAGAACGACCAUUUCCUGUUGAUAUGGCAGGUUUUGCCAUUAAUUUAAAACUUUUACGUAAACGUCCGAAUGCUGCAUUUUCAUGGGAUGUUAGUCGGGGUUUCCAAGAAAGUGCCAUACUUUCACAGGUAACCACUGUAGAACAAUUGGAGCCUAUGGCAGAUAAUUGUACAAAAGUUUAUGUAUGGCAUACCAGAACUGAAGAACCAAUAUUAAAAGCAGAAGAAAAACUUAAAAACCGCGGACUACGAUCUGACAUGAAUAUUGAGGUUUAAUCUCAAUCAGUGAUGCAAAAAACAAGGUGUUUUCUAUAUGCAUACAGUAAGACCUCUUUAUAACAGAUCCUUUAUUAGACGAAAUCCUUCUUAUAGCAGAAAAUGACAAUAAUGCCUGUUAAAAAAUAUAUUACAUAUAAUUCUACCUCCCUAUUAUAACGGAAAAAAUUGUUGGUCCCAAGCGAUUUUUUAUAGAGAGGUUUUGCUGUAAUUAUUUUAGUCUAUCAUUAAUCUUGAAAGACUAGCUGCUCAAAGGAGAAAUUAAAAACCAAUUUAUGCUUUUACUAUUCAAAAUUAGUUGUUGCAUAAAUAAAAUGACUUAUUAGUUAAUGACUCAUAACUAACAAAUAUGAUUGAAACAAUGAUUAAAUUAUAAAUUAUUUACAUUUAAUCAUCAAAUAAAGUGAAAACAAUUUUUUUUAUCACAUGUCAUAUGUGAUUUAUUUUUUGACUUUAGUUCAAAAUAAUAAUAUUUAUUAAAAUAUAUUUAAAUGUUUUACUAUAUUUGAAUAUAAUUUUGAUAAGAAUAUAAUAAUUUAUAUCUUUUUAUCAUUAAACAAACUAAAAAACAAAAAAAAAAUAUUCCUACUAUAAUAAAUUAUUGAUAAAUUGACUUUUACUACAAAAUAUUUAUAACUUGAAACUAAUACAAUUUUGUAAAUAAAUUAUAGAAAUGAAAAAUAAGUACUUAUUAUAUUUAUAUAUUUUUUAUUUUUGACGAUUUUUGUGCCAUUUGAAUAACCUUGAAUUAAUUUUUAUUUUAUCAUAAAAUUGUAAAAGUUUUGAUUGUAUGUACCUACACAUAAAAUAUAUUUAGAAAAAACUGUCUAAUUAUCAUUAAAAAUCAAAAAAAAAAAGUCAAAUAAUAUUAGGAAUUUUAUAAUUUUGUAAAAUAUUGUCUUCUCUCUUUAUGAAGUUUUCCUUUAAUUUGAUAAAUAAAAUGUAUCCCUACUUUUUUAUUUAAUAUACCACAUUCUAUAUAAUUAUGUACACAUACACUAAUUAUUUUUAUUUUAUUUGUGUUGUAUUUAAUGAAAUGUAAUGUCCUUAAAACAGUGCUCAAAAGUAUAGAAAAGAUUAUUUUUUUAAUAAGAAAUUAUAUAAUAUAUAAAUUAAGUUAUGUAAAAACCAUAUUUUUAUAACAAUUGAAUGUACCUAUUUAUGUUGAUAAAUCAAAUAACUAUGUAAAAAAAGGUAUAGUCAUGAUUUUAAAAUUAGUAAUUAAUAAUACUUAAAAUUUGAAUAAAUAUAAAGUAGGUUUAUUUUAAAAUUGAUGUUAAUUAAAAGAAGUUUGACAAAUUGUAUUAAAUUUUACUCAUAAUGAAAGUAUAAUAUUGAUUAGAAAUUAAUGAUCCUAUUAAUUUUAAUCAGGUUUAUAUUGAAAAUAAUAAGUUUAAGAACUCCCUUAUAUUACAUGAUAACAAUAAUAUUUAUUUAAUUUUUCGUUAAUCAUUAAAAAACAACAAUUUUUUACUAAGCAAUUAUAAAAAUGUUUAAUUUUUACAAUUUAAAUUUAAACUAAUAUUUUGUAUUUUGUAUCAUAGCAAAUUUUGUUCUAGUUAAGAUAAACAUAUUAUAUAAUUGAAGUUAAAAAUUAUUUUAUUUAUAUCAUACUAAUCCAUUAUAUUAUCAUUCAACCGUCCUUUAUUAUUUUGUUUAUAUUCAAUUUAAAUUAUAAAAAUUUUGUGAUAUUUUAAAAUGUUUAAAUACCAUGACAUUUUAUUUUAAAUAUAGUUACCUAAUCAUAUUUUUUAUACAUUUAAUCAUAUGUGUUUAUCAAACAAUAUUAUUUUGAUAAUUUUAUAUCUUAAUUUUUAUAAGAUUAAUUUAUCUAAAUUUAAAAGUAAUAAUACCAGCGUAAUAUAAUUUAUUGUAAAAUAACAUACAUUUAUAAAAUUUUUAUACUUAAGUAUUAAUGUUUUUAAAGUUUAAAAAUAUCAUUAUUUAUAUAUUUAUUUUAUAGUAUGUACCACUAGAAAUAUUUUUAUGGGUUUGUAUUUUAUGUAUUUAGUACUUAUUUUAGUACCUAUCCAUUUUUAUUUUAUCAACUAUGUAGCUUCAGCUUCAUUGAUGGUUUUCAGAUGGUUUGUUAAUGGACAAUUGACGGUCGUUUGUACCUCAUUAUACCAGUUGUUGAUUAUUGUCUAUAAUAUAGACAUAUUACAUGUAAUAAUAUGUUUACUCUAAGGAAAUUAUUAUUUAUUUAUAAAAUAAAAAUUAUUUAAAUUUUA